AUGCCUAAGAAGUUUGUCCACCCCAAAUCACGGCAGGUUGCAUACGAGGCGGGUAAGAUGCUGCGGGACAAGCGGGUUACAGCGAAGAAACUCGAGCACAGAUCUGCCACGCGUCAGCCAGUCCUCUUGAAGCUACGUUGGUUUCAAGACCAUCUGCGAAAAGACUUGGAUAGAAACAAAUACACUGGAGAAGAGCUUCGCAAGAUGGCACUAGACUACAUAAUUUACUACUACUCGACAGAGAUCCUUCCUGUUCUCCUUGAGAAGAAGAAGUCACCCGUGGCUGCUAUGGCCAUGGCAGCGAAGGAGAAGGAGCUCCUCGACACAAUAGCGCACGGCACCUAUACUGUCCCCGAUCUCACAGAUCCGUCCAACGUGCAGACUUUAAUCCUGUGGAAUAACUCCAUGAAAACUGCCUCCGCAGUCAAUUUAAUCAAUGUUAAGUUUGCAAACAUACGAGAGCUUCUUCCGCAGGCGCUAGCUAACGAAGGUACGCCUGUCAGCACCAAUUAG